AUGGCCCAUCCACAAAUGCACCGUACCAAGCCGCCUCCGGUGGAGAUUGGCCACAUCGCGAAUCAGAUCAAUGCCAUGCCUGUCGCCCCUGCCGCCGAGGCCCAGAAGCGCGAGAUUGUAGCCAAGCUUAAUGACCUCGCCGCUCAGAUGAAAACCUGGGCGGCUCAGGUGGAAGGUUUUGCGUUGCAUUUGAAUGCAUUACCUGUUCAGCAUCAAAAAUACCCACAGUCUCCCCCGGAAAUGCAGUAUUCAUCGCGGGGAGCUCCGGCCAAUGGCCAGUCAUACAACACGUAUAUUGCUCAACAAUAUGGCGGCUCUUCACAGUACCAGUUUCAGACACAACAGCAUUAUUCCCAGCCAGGUCGGCCAGAGUCGGCCGACUACGUGGGUGUUCAACUCUCCAAAACCUCACCGGUGCCACUCGGGCCGGGCAGCGCAACUCCCACCCUGGACGAGUUGGAAAAAUCUGGCAAACGACGUCGUAGGACUGAUUCGGCUAGAAAGAAAAAAGACCCACUGGCGCCUAAGCGACCUCCAUCCGCAUAUAUUUUGUAUCAAAAUGACGUGAGAAAACAGAUGCAGGACAAGUACCCUGAUUUGUCGUAUUCAGACGUAUUGGGUAAGAUUUCCGAAUCGUGGCAGGCGCUCGAGGAAAGCAAGAAGAAGGUGUACUUGGAUAUGGUCGAGCGUGACAAACUUCGGUACGAAGAUGAGAAGUUGCGUUACAACGCGGGGCAGGAUAUUCCAGCAAGACCCGUACCUCGACGCCCUCUUUCAUCACUCCGGGUCCCUUCGGAGCCCGAUCCCGAUGCUGACGCCGAAGUUGAGCCUGAGCCGGAAGGCGAUGAAGAGGAGGAACCUGAAGAAGAACAAGAGGAACAAGGACAACCAGACGCAAAGCGUUCGAAAUUUGGAAACACGUACGAGGUUCAGCCUGCACAACCAAUUGUGCAGAGCCCGGAGUCCCAACCCUUGAGAGCACCGAACGAACCUGAGCACUCCCAACCUGAACAUUCAUCUCAUGCUCCAAUUUCAUUAUCAUCUCAACAAGUUCAUCAAGUUGCAUUCCCUCAGUUAACGCCGCAGCUUUCGCACCUUCAACAUGUAAUUCCAUCUGGCUAUGCUAGCAUUGCUUCUUCGAUCCAACCACAUCCUUCUCCUCAAGUGGGAUACACCCCUUCCCCAACCGCUCGCACAACGCCUACUCCUCAACCUCAAGGCGCACUUUCUUCAUCCCAAGAUGCUCGUACCACAACCCCCCAAAUAGCACAUGCCAAUCUUCCGGUCACGCACAACUCUCCUAACAUAUCACAGGCUUCACCGUCUUCCCAUCAGACGCAUGCAUCCCCGCAGGUUGCUCAUGCAUCCCCCAACAGUAUUCCCCAUAUUACUCACCCAUCUCCUCGAUAUGUACAUGCGUCACUUCAACAGGCACCCGUCCAGCCUCAACCUCGGAAUCCCAACGCUAUUUCGAUGAUGCAGAUUCCCCACUUGACGCAAGUCCCUUCGCCUGGGGUCAAUUCUCCGGACGCGCCAGUCGCAUAA